UUGGGGGGGUUAUGUGUCCUGACACAACUUCAAAUUCUUUUCCAUUAAUGUAUCUCCGUCAUUUUGAAGAUCUUGGUGCCGUGCGUACAUUUAGUUGGGGUAGUGCAGUUCUAGGGUACUUGUAUCGUGAGUUAUGCACUGGAGCUAUAUUGAAGAAAGUUGUGGAUCGAGACGGCAUUGCUGAGUUAGAGAAAAGAAAAGUGAACAUGGGUGGUGCACUUACAUUGCUACAGGUAAUAUGUCUUUCUACACUUUUAAAAUAUAAAUAAAUAGUUGAUUAUACUUGGAUUUUUAAUAUUUUUUAUAUUUAAUAAUUAGUGUUGGGCAUGGUCGAGGAUACCUUUACUCGCUCCGACAAUACAUCCAGCAGUAGCAGAUGAUGAUGAUUUUUUUCCCCAUCCUCCUUAUGGUGCACGUUGGAUUGGACCCGCUAGUUACGCUCGGUCCUCGCGAAACAAUAUACGUGUUUAUCGUACGACCCUCGAUCGGAUGCUCUGGCAUCAGUUUAUAUGGAUGCCUUAUAGUGAGCUCGAUCCCGAGUUUGGCGCUUUGCUUGAGCAUCCUGAGAUAGUGCAUCCACAGCUUUGGAUGUCGAGUUGUCCUCUUAUAUUUUACGACAGAGUUGAGAUGUGUCGUCCUGAUAGGGUACUGCGCCAGUUUGGGAGGAUACAGCAUAUUCCUCCACAUCCUACUGAUCACGAUAUUGAGAUAAAGUUGCAUUCUUAUGAUCGUCGAGGUGCUGUGGGGAGAGAUUGGGCUAUUUUUCACAAUAUCUAUGUUGAUAGAUGGCAUGCUCGACUCGAUUCUUUCACUGACUAUCCAUUUAUUGAGAUUAGUGGACCUCAGACGGACCCAGGAUACUACGAUUGGUAUGACAGGCACACGCGUCGUUUGAUAUCGCCGGUUGACAAUCUUGAUGAUAUUGGUUUUCAGAUCGGAGACCCGAUUUUACUGGAUCUAGUGGGUAAUCAGCUUAUAUCCAUGAGUCUUGCUGCUAGGGCUGUGUCUCGAGAUGACGAUCGGAUUUAUGAUCGGUAUCAGGACAAUGCUACACGGAUGUAUGCAGCUGGGACUCAACUUUUGCGUAGAGAUACUGAUUCUUCCAACAUACCUCCUAUUCCUCCUAUACCUUCUCAGACACAAGGUAGACGUACCAGAAGACGCUCUGGUACUGCCGAAUUGGAGGAUGACGUGAGACAGACGAGAGAGGGGAACUAUUAUGCAUCUACGUCUCGGGUACCUCCUGCUGAAGAUGUUGUCGGUCCAUUGGCUUCACAUACCCCUUUUUAUGGACAUGUUCCUAUGCAUGGAGGUAUGGAUGAUUUAUCUGGUACACAUGGAUUUAUGGAUAUGUUCGGUGCGUCUACAUCUCAGGUACCUACAUAUAGAGAUUUAUUUGGUCCAUCUACGACUGAUUAUGUUCCAGAUAUUCCAUGGUCCAAUUCUCUAGCUACCCCAUAUCCUCCUGCUAUUGAUACUCAGUUCACUUCAUGGGGUCCACAUUUGGAGCUUAACUUGGGAUACUCAAAUCCCCAAGAGCGGGCUCGACCACAGUAUAAUGUUUCUCCUGUUCCAUAUCCAGCGGACGACACCGAGUUUGUUGAUGACGUACCAGUAGAGCGUGACGUUCGUCGAGAUGGUAGGCAGCGGAGGACUAGACGACCACCUGCAUGUGGGACUGGUGGACAUAGGCAGUGA